GGAAAUAGAGCAGCGAAAGAUCAUGAAGAGAGAAGGAGAAGAAGAAGAAGAUAACAAUCAGCUGUCACUACAGGAAGAAGAACCAGAAACAGAGGAAGAGAUGUCUGGGAGGACAAACGAACCGUGGACGAAGCAGCUAACGGUGAGAGGAGUGUUAGUGAGCAUAGUGAUCGGAGUUGUGUUCAGUGUAAUUGCUCAGAAGCUAAAUCUCACGACAGGGAUUGUUCCAAAUCUCAACAGCUCUGCAGCUUUACUGGCUUUUGUCUUUGUCCAGACUUGGACUAAGAUUCUCAAGAAAUCAGGAUUUGUCGCGAAACCAUUCACAAGACAAGAGAACACCAUGAUUCAGACAUCUGCUGUUGCUUGUUACGGCAUUGCCGUUGGAGGUGGGUUUGCUUCAUAUCUUUUGGGGUUAAACCAUAAGACAUAUGUGUUGUCUGGUGUGAACUUGGAAGGUAACUCUCCAAAGAGUGUGAAAGAACCUGGCCUUGGUUGGAUGACUGCUUAUCUCUUUGUUGUCUGUUUCAUCGGUCUUUUUGUUCUAAUCCCUCUCCGAAAGGUUAUGAUUGUUGACCUUAAAUUAACAUAUCCGAGUGGUUUAGCUACUGCGGUUCUCAUCAAUGGCUUCCACACACAAGGAGAUGCUCAAGCCAAGAAACAAGUGCGUGGUUUCAUGAAAUACUUCUCAUUUAGUUUCUUGUGGGGUUUCUUCCAGUGGUUUUUCUCUGGUAUUGAAGAUUGUGGCUUUGCUCAAUUCCCAACCUUUGGCUUGAAAGCUUGGAAACAAACGUUUUACUUUGAUUUCAGCAUGACAUUUGUAGGAGCAGGAAUGAUCUGUUCACAUUUGGUUAACCUUUCUUUGCUUUUAGGAGCUAUACUCUCUUAUGGCUUAAUGUGGCCUCUUCUUGACAAACUCAAAGGCUCUUGGUUCCCUGAGAAUCUCGACGAACACAACAUGAAGAGCAUAUACGGCUACAAAGUCUUCUUAUCCGUAGCUCUAAUCCUCGGCGAUGGUCUUUACACUUUCGUUAAGAUCAUCUUUGUGACCAUUGUCAAUGUCAACGCAAGAUUGAAGAACAAACCUAAUGAUCUAGAUGACGUGGGUCACAAGAAACAGCGGAAAGAUCUCAAGGAAGAUGAGAAUUUCCUCAGAGAUAAGAUCCCGAUGUGGUUCGCAGUUGCCGGAUAUCUUACAUUCGCUGCGGUCUCAACGGUCGUGAUUCCUCUGAUAUUUCCUCAGCUCAAAUGGUAUUACGUUAUUGUAGCUUACAUUUUCGCGCCUUCUCUCGCCUUCUGUAACGCUUAUGGAGCUGGACUUACCGACAUUAACAUGGCUUAUAACUACGGCAAAAUCGGUCUUUUUGUUAUCGCGGCUGUGACGGGAAGAGAGAAUGGAGUUGUAGCUGGACUCGCCGGUUGUGGACUGAUCAAAUCAGUUGUUUCGGUUUCUUGUAUUUUGAUGCAAGAUUUCAAGACGGCUCAUUACACGAUGACUUCACCUAAGGCUAUGUUUGCUAGCCAAAUGAUCGGAACGGUAGUUGGAUGCAUCGUGACGCCGUUAAGUUUCUUCUUGUUCUACAAAGCGUUCGACGUUGGAAACCCUAACGGAGAAUUCAAGGCUCCUUACGCUUUGAUUUACAGAAACAUGGCGAUUCUUGGGGUGCAAGGCUUCUCUGCUCUGCCUCUUCACUGUCUCCAAAUGUGUUACGGGUUUUUCGGUUUUGCUGUUUUGGUCAACGUCGUCAGGGAUCUUACUCCGGCGAAGAUUGGGAGGUUCAUGCCGCUUCCGACGGCUAUGGCUGUUCCGUUUCUUGUCGGAGCUUAUUUCGCGAUUGACAUGUGUGUUGGGACUUUGAUUGUGUUUGUUUGGGAGAAGAUAAAUCGGAAGAAAGCAGAGUUUAUGGUUCCGGCGGUGGCUUCAGGGCUAAUCUGCGGCGAAGGGCUUUGGACUUUACCUGCGGCGGUGCUUGCACUCGCUGGAGUAAAGCCUCCGAUAUGUAUGAAGUUCUUAGCUUCAUAGGAUCAGUCAAAGAGAUAAGAAGACUUAUGAUGUUAGAGUAGUUAGAAGACGUCAAGGUUUAUUAAACUCAUCCUAUUCUU